AGAGAGCUCAUCUUUUGGGAGGAUUUUUUUCUCGGCAACCACUAACGUUUUAGGGGGUAAGAGCAAAAAAAAAAUUUAAGUUUUUUUUUGAAGCACCCUAAUGUACAUACUUAUCAUUUAAUGUCGUAUUUAUAAUUGUGAGUGGGAGUGAUCUUUGUCUUAUACGCAUUUAUAAGAUUAAGAUUUCUAUUUCCGUUUUAUCCCGUACAAGUUAUUUUAUCCAAACAAUUGUUAGAUUAUAAAAUUCCACGUUCAACAAGUAAUUGGAACGAUUAUCGAAAGUUUCAAGGAUAACAAAAAACAUGAGUUCAAAAAUACAGGAAGACCAAAUCGAAUGCGAUUGUAGACCAGGCUGUUAUUGCAAGACAUUCAAUUUCAGAGGGAUUCGAUCUGAAUGUUUAACUGCAGAAUAUGCCUUUCAUGAACUUGAGCAUGUUACUCAUUUACAAGACGAUUUGAAAAAAGGGAUCAAACCGAGGUUGAUUGAUGGUAAAACAUUAAAAGAAGUAGAUAUAGACUUUUUCGAGUACCGUGUGAAUGCUAUCACAUCAGCAAAAAAUUUGAUUCUAAACAUUGAAAAAUGUCCAUGUGCAAGAGAAAUCAUCAAGGGUACGGACUACGAAAAAAUGUACUUCGAAGCUAAAGAAAAACAUUCAGAAGCUAUCGAUAGACUUAUGAAAAUUAGCGAGGAAGAUAUCCUGCUGCUGAAAAAGGAUCAUCAUUACGAGAUUGAUUUGUGAUUACCUAUUAAUCAAUUAUUACUCUGUACUAAAAAAAUGUCAUAUUUUGUAUCUAAAAGUAUUAUUAAAUAA